UGUGGUAUGUCUAUUUCUUCAUGUGCAACACUGAAACGAUGAGCACGUGGUGUAAUGCACAGAUGGUUUUUGCAUUGGCUACAAAAUAAUUGAUUCGUUGUGCCUGAGAAACAUCAUGAAUAAAUUAGAAAAGUACCAAGAUUUUGACUUCAUCAAGUUUACCUGGUUUGAUACGAACGGAGCUGCACGGUGUAGAGUUAUAACCAGACGUGCCUUGGAAUGGAUUUUGGAAACUGGAAUUGGAAUAACUGCCGUUUUUGCCAAAUUUGGCGUCAAUUCUACGAGUUGCAAGUUCUCUAAAAUGGAUGAAGGUGAGAAAUCAGGAUCUCCAAGUGUAUUUUUAACUCCAGUUUUUGAAACUUUUCAUGCAUGCCCUUGGUCGGGAAACGGAAAACACAAAGUAGCUGAAUUCAUAUGCCAGAUCCAUGAGCAAAAAAUCGGAGACGAGUUCUGCUAUUACGACACGAGACAAAUAUGCGUGAAGUUAUUGGACCAAUUACAAAGUGAGUUUGGAUUGAAGUUGUAUUCAAGUUUCGAGUAUGAGUUUCUGGCAAUGAAGGGUGGUCAGCUGUUGGGCAAUGCAGGUCAUUCUUGUUCUUCUGUGAUCCUAAAAAACACAGAGGACUUAUGCUAUGAGAUAUCGAGUCGUCUAUCUGCUGCGGACAUUGCAGUCGAGGCCAUUAACACAGAAGCUGGGGAUGGUCAGCUAGAAAUUACCAUGGAACCCACAGUCGGAAUUCAGUCAGCAGAUAAUGCAUGUUUAUACAAAGACUGUGUCAAAAGCACGGCAGUCGAUUUAGGAUACACUGCAACUUUCAUGUGCAGUCCGUUUCCAAAAUUACACAACGGAGGUCAUUUCAACUUUUCGCUUCAGAAAGAUGGCAAAAACGUAUUCACUGACAACUCCGAUGAAUUAGGCUUGUCUCAGUUGGGUAAAUUUUGGCUCAAUGGGAUACUGAAACACGCUCGUGCGAUUGCUCCUCUCUUGAACCCAAAUAACAACAGUUAUCUUAGGUUGUACCCGGAGGUUUCUUCAGAUGGAAAAAAGAUAAAUUAUGGAAAAGGGAAGAGACACAUUAUGAUACGAGUGAAGAGAACUAAGAACUAUGAGACCUACAUGGAGUUCAGGUCUCCAGGAGCAUCUGCAAAUGCUUAUCUUGUUUUAUCAGCAGUUCUUGCUGCAGGGAUGGAUGGAAUGCGACAAAAAAAUUUGCUACCUGAAGUUAGUACGGUUGGAACAGAUGAGCUGCCACGAACAUUGAGAGAGGCAGUUUUGGCGCUGGAACAAGAUGACGUAAUCAAAUCUGCCCUCGGAAAUGACUUCGUGGAGCUGUUUCUAGCUAUCAAACGACAGAAAGACAUGCCCAUAACAGACCCAGAUGAACAAUUUCGAAUCUAUUCCCAGUUGCUAUGAAGUUCUCAUCAAUAGCAAAAUUUUGUAUAUUUAUUCUAAAUAUUCAUUAAACUUCAAUUUUCCAUUGCACAAAAAAUUAUUAUCGUGAAACUUUGAUUAAAAACUCCAUAUCACAAUAUUAGCUUGAAUAUUACGCACAUCCAGUUUCGAGAUUUUAGUAACAGUCAUUCUAAAAUUGAGAAACAAUAUUUUAAUCAUUUAAUAAUCCGUGAUAAUCCUUCUUUCGUGGGAGAAAAUUAUAAUCAAUAAUAAAACAUUUUAAGCGAUCAUAAUUGAUUAUAAUAAU